AUGCACCAAUCAGACCAACCCCUUGAGCCACAAGUACAACCAUUUGACCAAGUCCAACAUUCUCUCAAUACUCAAACGUGUGAAGCCUCAACAUUCUCUGGGAAGCCACUUAAGUCUCCAAAACCCGCCAUGGCCUCCAGCUCUAGUUCUGGAAGACACCCAAUGUAUAAGGGAAUCCGGUGCCGGAGCGGCAAGUGGGUGUCCGAAAUCCGGGAACCACGUAAGACCACGCGCAUAUGGCUUGGCACCUUUCCGACCCCGGAGAUGGCGGCUGCCGCCUACGACGUGGCGGCGCGAGCACUAAAGGGGGAAGAUGCAGUGCUUAACUUCCCGGAAUCGGUUGGCUCGUACCCCGUUCCAGCCUCUAAGUCGUCCCAAGACAUCCGUAGCGCAGCCACAGCCGCUGCGGCGUCAAAGAAGGCAGAAUCGAGUGGCAACUCAGCGCGCAGGCAGUCGUGUAACGAUGAUAAUGAUGAUGAUAACAUGACUAUGCAUGAAGGUGGUUUGACAUCUUGGGGAGAGUUUGUGGAUGAGGAGGCCAUAUUUGGGAUGCCAAAUCUGCUAGUCGAUAUGGCGGAAGGAAUGCUGGUGUCGCCGCCGAGAAUAAACUCGUCCGAUGAGUACUCGCCGGGAGAUCAUUCAGACGGGGGACAAAGCUUAUGGAGCUAUUUUUGA